UAACUUGUAUAAAUAAACCAGAUUGUGCGUAUACACUUCAUCAGCUAACUGAGGCAGCAAUGGCAAAAUUUCUUAUCAUGGUCCUCCUCCUCUUACUUCCUCUGUUGGGCUCGCGUGCCGAAAAACAGGUCUACAUAGUGUACUUUGGUGAGCAUAGUGGAGAAAAGGCAUUGCAUGAAAUAGAAGAAACCCAUCAUUCAUAUUUGGUCUCUGUGAAAAGCACCGAGGAAGAAGCCCGAGCUUCUCUGCUUUACAGCUACAAGCACAGUAUCAAUGGCUUCGCUGCAGUGCUCUCCCCAGACGAAGUCUCCAAAUUAUCCGAAAUGGAAGACGUAAUGUCGGUGUUUCGGAGCGGCGAGUACACAAUCCACACCACAAGAUCAUGGGAGUUUGUUGGGUUAUUAAUGCAAGAAGAGGAACACACAAUACCCACCCACUUUAAGAAGCUGGGAUCAGACUUGUUGUCCAGAGCCAAGUAUGGCCAAGAUGUCGUAGUGGGGGUCAUCGACACUGGUGUGUGGCCGGAAUCUCAAAGUUUCAGUGAUAAAGGAAUGGGACCCAUUCCAAAAUCAUGGAAGGGAAUCUGCCAAUCUGGGCCAGCUUUUAAUUCAUCCCAUUGCAAUAGCAGGAAGAUAAUUGGAGCUCGAUACUUCAUCAAAGAAUUCGAGCACCAUUAUGGCCCACUAAACGCCUCAGAGGACUACCGAUCAAGCCGUGAUAAGAACGGCCAUGGAACGCAUACAGCCUCAACGGUGGGAGGUCGAAUGGUUCACAAUGUUUCCGUCAAUGGUGGGUUUGGCCGUGGCAUUGCGUCUGGUGGAGCACCACUUGUGCGCCUUGCCAUUUACAAAGUAUGCUGGCAGUUCAAUGGAAAAAGCUUAUCGUGCAGUGGCGCAGACAUAAUGGCAGCCAUUGACGCCGCCGUAGCCGACGGUGUCCAUGUGAUGAGCAUUUCACUGGGGACCAGAGGCCAACGCCAUGAAAAGUACUACACCGACGAUAUUUUUGUCAUUGGGGCUUUACAUGCCUCCAGGAAUAACAUUGUUGUGGCAUGUAGUGCUGGAAAUGACGGUCCUACCCCUUCCACUGUUUCCCACAUUGCUCCCUGGAUCAUCACUGUCGCUGCUAGUAGUGUUGACCGAAAAUUUGUCUCCCCUGUGGUGCUUGGUAACGGCAGCAAAAUUAAGGGACAAAGCGCCACACCAAGCAAGUUGGAAAAGAAGAUGUACCCUCUAGUAUAUGCUGCGGAUGUAGCUGACCAAGAUGUAUCAAAAGAUUAUGCUGUACAAUGCCUUCCACACUCUCUUUCACUGGACAAGGUCAAGGGAAAGAUAGUAUUGUGCAUGAUUGAAUAUACGUCAGUGCAUGGUGAAGACAUGGAAGUUAAAAGAGCAGGAGGUGCUGGUUAUAUAUUGGGAAGCAGUCGAGCAGGUGGAGUUGAUGAGUUAGCUGCUCAUGCCAACGUUCUUCCUGCCACUGUAGUGGUUUAUACCGAUGCCAUUAGAAUCCUUGAAUACAUCAACUCUACCAAAAACCCAAUUGCAACUAUUAUACCAGCAAAGACAGUGCUACAUACUAAGCCAGCACCUUUCAUGGCUGCAUUCUCUAGUAGGGGUCCAAAUACCAUAGACCCCAACAUUAUCAAGCCAGACAUCACAGCUCCAGGUCUGAAUAUAAUAGCAGCAUGGACCCCCGAGAAUUCUCCUUCAGCUAACAGAGCUAAAGUUGAGUAUCAUAUGAUUUCCGGAACAUCCAUGUCUUGCCCUCAUGUGGCAGCUGCAGCUGCACUGGUUAAAGCCAUACAUCCUACUUGGAGCAGCGCCGCUAUAAGAUCCGCUAUCAUGACCACUGCUAGUGUAAUAAACAACAAUGGCUUACCGCUGACCAAUGACCGUGGCAAUGUUGCAACUCCUUUUGCAUAUGGUUCCGGUCACUUCCAACCCACCAAAGCAGCAGAUCCUGGCCUAGUAUACGAUGCUUCCUACUAUGACUACCUUCUCUACCUAUGCAGCUUAGGAUCAGUCAAAAAAUUCGACAAAACUUUUAAGUGUCCAAAAGCACCUCCCUCCUCAUUCAACCUUAACUAUCCUUCUCUGGCAGUCUCCAAACUGAAUGGAACAGUGAGUGUGAAGAGGACAGUGACAAAUGUAGGUGGAGGAGGAAAGAGUAUUUACUUCUUUACCUCACAACCACCUGUGGGGAUGUCAGUAAGGGCUCAUCCAAGUAUAUUGGUGUUUGAUCGCGUUGGCCAGAAAAAGAGUUUCACUAUAACACUUAGAGCAAUAAGUGAUGAGAUCCUGAGGAAGAAAGAUGGGUAUGGUUUUGGUUGGUACAAAUGGACCGAUGCACAUGCACUCCAUGUUGUUAGAAGUCCCAUUGCUGUGUCGCUAGCUUAAUACUUCGUGAAAUUAAGAUGUGUAUGCAUUUAAUAUUCUAAUUUUCUGUUCUUGGUUCAAGGGCUAAUUAUGCGUCAUGGGGCCAUCCAUAUUGAUUAGGCUUAAGAGAGGCAGUUGUUGGUUGUCCUAUGACCUUCAUAAAUGAACCUUUCAGCAUUUUGGUCAAUAUUUGGGCCCAGUUCAUUUGGUCUAUAUCCAAACGGACUUGGGCUACCCCUUUGUAAAAUGGAGUUCCUGCCAUUAGAACCAACAAUAAAGUCCAGUUUCUCAAUUUGACAACUAA